AUGGACUCCGAGGUGGUCGCGCGUGUGCGCAACACGACAGCCUCGCCAACUGUGACCCCGGCUGCUGCGACUGCUCCGGCUGUUGCGGCCAACCAGUCCGAUCUUGCGUUCGACGCCAUCGCUGCCCUUGCUGGACGCCGUGCAUCGGUUGCUCACUCGGGCUCGGCGUCACCCGCCAAAAAGGACAGGGACUUUGGAGAGAGCACAAUUCAUGCUUCGGGCUUGUCCCCGCCGCCACCGCCGACUGCUCAGCCAGCGCAGCCAUCUCAGCCAGUCCUGCAAGCCCAGCAAAACCAGCACACCCAACCAUCCGCUGAGCUGCCACCAGUCGUAUCUCGCGGUCAGCAGCAACAGCCGUCGCCGGUGCCCUCGCCGCCGCCUAAGGUGCGUCGUCCGCUACCGUCGGCUGCACCGGCCGACCUGGCCGCCUCCACAGGCCUCAUCCCCGGCUUUCCGAGACGGACAUCGACAGCCUACGUGUCUGGUCGUUUUGACGCGUUGUCGUGCUGCAAUCAUGAGCUUGAUAAGGCCUCAUAA